AUGUCUGUUCACGCAACAGAGAAUGAUCCUCCUAGAUUCUUCGUGGGUGGAGAAGAUGGAGAAGGAUUACUGGAUUCAGGCAGAUCGUCAGAUUAUGAACAGUUCUAUGACCAUGGGGAAGAAGAGGAGGAAGAGUAUGACUCUCCACCAGAAAGACAAAUCGCAGUUGGGAUAUGUUCAAUGGCUAAGAAGUCUAAGUCCAAACCAAUGAAAGAAAUUCUUGAACGCCUCUCCAUGUUUAAGUACAUAACUGUGGUAAUAUUUGAAGAAGAUGUUAUUUUGAAUGAGCCAGUAGAAAACUGGCCUUUAUGUGACUGUCUCAUUUCUUUUCAUUCUAAAGGAUUUCCACUGGACAAAGCCGUUGCCUAUGCAAAACUCAGGAAUCCAUUCGUAAUCAAUGACUUGAAUAUGCAGUACCACAUACAAGACAGGAGAGAAGUUUAUAGUAUUCUUAAAGCUGAAGGCAUUUUACUUCCUCGCUAUGCAGUUCUGAACCGUGAUCCAAACAAUCCUCAAGAAUGUAAUUUGAUUGAAGGAGAAGAUCAUGUGGAAGUGAAUGGAGAAAUUUUCCAAAAGCCUUUUGUAGAGAAGCCUGUUAGUGCUGAGGACCACAAUGUUUACAUUUAUUAUCCAACAUCUGCUGGAGGUGGAAGCCAGAGGCUCUUUCGAAAGAUUGGCAGCAGAAGCAGUGUUUAUUCCCCUGAAAGCAGUGUGAGAAAAACAGGCUCCUAUAUUUAUGAGGAAUUCAUGCCUACAGAUGGCACUGAUGUGAAGGUGUACACAGUAGGUCCAGACUAUGCUCAUGCUGAAGCCCGGAAGUCUCCAGCUCUGGAUGGCAAGGUAGAACGCGAUAGUGAAGGAAAAGAAGUGAGGUAUCCAGUCAUCCUGAAUGCAAGAGAGAAGUUAAUUGCUUGGAAAGUAUGCCUUGCCUUUAAACAAACGGUUUGUGGCUUUGAUUUGCUGCGUGCUAACGGACAGUCCUACGUCUGUGAUGUGAAUGGCUUCAGUUUUGUGAAAAACUCUAUGAAAUACUAUGAUGAUUGUGCUAAGAUACUGGGAAAUAUCAUAAUGAGAGAACUUGCUCCCCAGUUUCAGAUACCAUGGUCGAUUCCUUUGGAAGCUGAAGACAUUCCUAUUGUGCCAACCACCUCUGGAACAAUGAUGGAGCUUAGAUGUGUUAUAGCUGUAAUACGCCAUGGGGACCGAACACCAAAACAAAAAAUGAAAAUGGAAGUGAAACAUCAGCGGUUUUUUGAUCUCUUUGAAAAAUGUGAUGGAUAUAAAUCAGGAAAACUAAAACUGAAGAAACCGAAACAGUUGCAGGAAGUGCUUGAUAUAGCAAGACAACUCCUUGUAGAACUUGGGCAGAACAAUGAUUCUGAAAUUGAAGAAAGUAAAGCAAAACUUGAACAGCUAAAGACGGUGUUAGAAAUGUAUGGGCAUUUUUCAGGAAUAAAUCGCAAAGUUCAGUUAACGUAUCUUCCUCAUGGCUGCCCGAAGACUUCCAGUGAAGAAGAAGAUAAUAGAAGAAAUGAGCCAUCCCUGCUUCUGGUUUUAAAAUGGGGAGGAGAAUUGACCCCUGCAGGCAGGGUUCAAGCAGAGGAGCUUGGAAGGGCUUUCAGGUGUAUGUAUCCAGGUGGACAAGGAGAUUAUGCUGGAUUUCCUGGAUGUGGUUUACUUAGAUUACAUAGCACUUACCGACAUGAUCUCAAGAUCUACGCUUCUGAUGAGGGACGAGUCCAGAUGACUGCAGCAGCUUUUGCAAAGGGACUGCUGGCCCUAGAGGGAGAGCUGACUCCUAUUCUUGUCCAGAUGGUAAAAAGUGCUAAUAUGAAUGGUCUGCUGGACAGUGACAGUGAUUCUUUAAGCAGCUGUCAGCAUCGUGUUAAAGCAAGACUCCAUGAAAUUCUCCAGAGAGACAGAGAAUUUACUGCUGAUGACUAUGAUAAGCUUACUCCAUCUGGAAGCAUCUCACUGAUAAAAUCAAUGCAGGUUAUUAAAAAUCCUGUAAAGACAUGUGACACGGUCUAUUCCUUGAUCCAGAGCUUGACUUCUCAGAUCAGGCAAAGAAUGGAAGAUCCAAAGUCUGCAGAUAUUCAGCUGUACCACAGUGAGACACUAGAACUGAUGCUGCGCAGGUGGUCUAAGCUGGAAAAAGACUUUAAAACAAAAAAUGGAAGAUACGAUAUUAGCAAAAUCCCUGAUAUUUAUGAUUGUAUAAAAUAUGAUGUGCAGCACAAUGGCUCCUUGAAAUUGGAAAACACAAUGGAAUUAUACAGGCUUUCAAAGGCUUUGGCUGACAUUGUCAUCCCUCAGGAAUAUGGCAUUUCUAAGGCUGAGAAACUAGAGAUUGCCAAAGGUUACUGCACUCCUCUAGUCAGAAAAAUCCGUUCUGACCUUCAGAGAACUCAAGAUGAUGAUACUGUAAAUAAGCUUCACCCUCUUUACUCCAGGGGUGUUAUGUCCCCUGAACGCCAUGUUCGUACACGGCUGUAUUUCACCAGCGAGAGUCAUGUCCACUCCCUGUUAUCCACCCUUCGUUACGGUGCCUUAUGUGAUGUAUCAAAAGAUGAACAAUGGAAACGAGCUAUGGAUUAUUUAAAUGUUGUCAAUGAACUCAAUUACAUGACACAGAUUGUUAUCAUGCUUUAUGAAGAUCCAAACAAGGAACUUUCUUCGGAAGAACGUUUUCAUGUAGAGCUGCACUUUAGUCCGGGAGCCAAAGGCUGUGAGGAAGAUAAAAAUUUACCAGCUGGAUAUGGAUACAGACCUGCCUCCAGAGAGAAUGAAGGCUCGAAGAAAACCUCUCAUAAGAACGAUAGUGAUGAGGAGGUACAUGCUCCUAAAAGAGAUGAAGCAGAUCGGUCAGUCGUGAUGUUCAAGCCAAUGGUAUCAGACCCAAUUCACAUACACAAAAAGUCACCCCUUCCAAGAUCCAGGAAGAUUGGUUCUGUUGAAGAAGAGAGCCCCCUGAGUGUGUCUAGCCCAGAGUGUAUUGGUACCUGGCUGCAUUACACCAGUGGUGUGGGUACUGGGCGUCGAAGACGCAGAUCAGGGGAACAAAUCACUUCUUCCCCUGUCUCCCCUAAAUCAUUGGCUUUCACAUCCAGUAUUUUUGGCUCAUGGCAACAGGUCUUAUCAGAAAGCAAUAGUAAUUUACGAACACCAAGAACUAUUCUGGAACAAAAGCGAGAGAGUGGUCUAGGGUCUCACUGUGCGGGCCUGUUUAGCACCUCAGUGCUCGGGGGUUCUUCAAGUGCACCUAACCUACAGGAUUAUGCUCGUACUCAUCGUAAAAAGCUGACUUCUUCUGGCUUCAUAGAUGACACCACACGCGGUUCUGCUGUUAAAAGGUUUUCUAUCUCAUUUGCUCGACACCCAACCAAUGGCUUUGAAUUAUAUUCCAUGGUGCCUUCUAUUUGCCCUUUGGAAACUCUACACAACUCCUUGUCUCUGAAGCAGGUGGAUGAAUUUCUUGCCUCUGUUGCUGCUCCAUCAAGGGAAAAUCUACAGGAGACAUCUUCUCCAACUUAUAUGAUUCCAGUUUCAGGAAGAAAAAUUCCUUUAAAUACAUAUACCCCUGCAAAAAUUCAACCAACACCACUUGAAACUUUGCCUGAAAGGCUAGCAGUAGAGAAACCAACCUUAUCUUCCUCUGGAUCUUCUGUUCAUGUACCUAAUGUUAAGCUAACUGUUGAAGAGACCUUGCUAGAUCUGGAACUUAGUAGUGGAACUCUCUUUGAGAAGAAAUGA